AUGGCUUAUGCUGUUGAGCAGCAUGCUUUGAGUGACCCUCAUUUCAUCGGAUGGUAUAAGGGACCAUCAACCACCCAGGCAUUAAUGGACCCUGAGACUUGGACUACUUCUGGGAACUAUGCGCGCGGUUGCUCAAAAGGUGUCUGCGGAUAUGCCACGGACUGUAGGGGCAAUAGUAUCACCUAUGAUGAUGGUAAAACGUCUUCGUGCAAUGUAUGCCGUACCAUGACCAUCUUCCAAUCAGCACCAUACGCAUCACCCUCGGCUAGCAAUAUAUUUUGCGCAGAGUAUUGGCUUGCCUUCACUGUCUUUCGUGAAUUAGCAGUAUCAACCACUAGCUCAGACUCUUCCACUAUUUCCACAUCGUCCCGUACAAGCGCACCAUCUACCACCACUUCAUCCGCGACUGGCUCACUCUCAAACAAUUCCCCAACAACGGCCGCACCCACAGCCAGUUCAUCCACCACAGCUGUCCAAGCCGGGGAUUCGCAAACCGUGACAGGAACACAACCUAGUCAGAGUAAAGCCUGGAUUGCAGGAGCUGUAGUCGGCUCAGUUGCAGUGCUCGCCAUAAUUGCAGGUCUCGUUGGAUGGUUCUUAUACCUCCGAAAGAAAGCGCUGCAAUUAUCCGCAAAGGAGGAGUCUACCAUGAGGCAGAGUCUUCCUUACCAGCAGAGCCUUUACAAGGCACCUCAAGAAAUGGAUACGGUGUCCAAUCCAUUUGUACAUGAGCUGAGCUCGUACGGUCACAAAUGA